GUGCGCAUGCGCUGGGAGCGAAGCGGAAGGACGCAUCAUGUCGAUAGAAGACCCGUUUUUCGUUGUGAAAGGGGAGGUGCAGAAGGCCCUCUCUCGUGCUCGGGGCCUGUUUGAUAGGUGGGAGGAACUGCUGCAGGAUGGGACACAGGUCAGUCGGGACGAGCUGGACUGGAGUGCCAAUGAGCUGAGGAACUGUCUAAGGGCCAUAGACUGGGACCUGGAGGACCUCAGUGAAACCAUCAGUAUUGUGGAGUCGAACCCGGGGAAGUUCAGACUGGGAGACAAUGAACUUCAAGAGAGGAGAGACUUUGUGGAGCGAACCAGGAAAUCUGUCCAGGAGAUGAAGGAUCAGUUGUCCAGCCCUUCUGCUGUGGCUCAGGCAGAGAAGAAGAACAGGCAGGCUCUGCUGGCUUCUACAGGCCAGGACAGGUCGACAGGUCUGGAGGCUCAUCUGGUGUCCGCAAACUCCAGAUACAUCCAGGAGCAGCAGGAACAACAGCAGCUCAUCAUGCAGGAGCAGGAUGAGCAGCUGGAGUUGGUGUCGGGCAGCAUCAGAGUCCUGAAAGACAUGUCGGGACGCAUUGGAGACGAGCUGGAUGAGCAAGCUGUGAUGUUGGGGGAUUUUGGAGACGAGAUGGACCAGACGUCGUCCCGCAUGGACUCGGUCCUGAAGAAGCUGGAGAAGGUGUCUCACAUGACCAGCAGUCGGAGGCAGUGGUGCGCCAUCGGUGUGCUGGUCACCAUCAUGAUCGUGGUCCUCAUCCUCUUCUUCGCUCUCUGAUGUCAGCGACAUCCGACCUCUCCACUUCGCUCACCGACUCCUCCCUGUCCGGACGGUCGGUCGGUCGGUCGGAUGGAUGGAUUGACAGAUACAGGAAGAGGAGGGACGUGUCUCUCCUCUUCCUCCCCCUCCCUUCCGUCCCGUCUUUUCUUCACACUGGUGACCGGCAGAGAGAAGUUCAGCUACGACCCUCGUCUCUCUGCUUUUACUGAAUCUAGUGAGGGGAAAAAAAAAAAAAAAAACAGCUGGGGACUGUCAGCAGCAGAGCUUAGCAUGGGGGGGGGGGCAAGACCCCGCUGGUGUUAUGGAUUUGAUAUUGGUACAUUUUGAUUAUUGUGGGAAAUAACGGUACAGGACAGGAAGCUGCUGCUUUCAGGUUAAAAACACAAAUCUGUGGCUUCAAAUUAGUUUCAUUGAUAAAUCAGUGAAUGUCACUUUAGUAACGCCAUUUCAACACUCUUCAAAACUCCAAGACACUCAUUCCUCAUUUUGAACAAUGCUGUUCUCUGUAAUGUACCACAAACUUGAUCUACUCUGUUGGUAAAAGUUUUCCAGGAGACGGACUGUUUCUGUAAACAAAAUGUCAAUGAAAACAGCUAAUGGGGCUUAUUGAUCUGAGCUGGCCGGUGAAACCUGACUCUUGGCAGGUUCACCAGCCAAGAAGUAGUUUUUAGAAGCUGCCAAAUAUCGAUUUAUUAACUGUUAAAUCAGGAAACUUGAGUUGUUUGUGUUUUUAGCCGACAGCAGCAGCAUGGGGGGGGGGGGGGGGGGGGGGUUUCAGUGUUGCCUUAAAUAUAUUUUUCUACCGUUGUGAAAUGCGCAGUAUGUUUUAUGUGCCUACGUGUGGAUCAGUUUAGAGCCAAUCACCGGUUAAAUCAGGAAAGGGGCAGCAGUCUGCAGGUUUUCCCUCCACUCCGACACGACAGCAGCUGAUUUCACUGACGAGCAAGUUCCAGCCAGAGAGGAAAAAUGACUCACCUCUGAAAUCAGCUGCUGUGGUGUGUGUGUGUGUCUGUGUGUGUCUGUGUGUACGGUCAAAACAAAAAACAUGCAGACUGGCAGCCCCCAGCCGCUCCGACAGAAGCGGUUCAUCUCCUGCUCUGAUUGGGAUCCGUCUCGCUGAAGGUGAAGUCAGGUCCGCAGCGACCGCCUGCAGGUGGUUAAGCACACGAUUGGCUGAGGCUUUUGUUCUUCUCGCCGGGUGAUGAGAGGCAACCUUGGCUCGGAGCGAAUGGGUUCGCCUGGUUUAUUGAAAAGCUUUUAGCCAAUGAGGGGGAACAGUUGCUGGGCAGGAUGUCGCCGCACGCAGCCCAGAUUCAGGCCUACAGCUCCCUCUGCUGGAGGCUGCUGGCCAUGGUGUUUCUUUGUGUCCUGUCGGGCAACGGUACCCACAUGAGGGUGUGAUGCAGUGACGUAUAAACAUAAACUAUGAUGCUUUAAUUUGAAUUUUUGUGUAAAUGAACAUAACUCCUGUACAAAAAGCUUUUAUUUUUAUCCUCAUUUAUAUUUUUGCUUUCAUCUCCCAAUUGAAAACAGAAAAAAUUCAGAACGUCUGAGUUUUACAUUUAUAUUUCCCCCUCACGCUUGUUUUUACCAAAGAGGUCAGAGGUCAGACGCCCUUUGCUUGAAGGAAGCUCCCUCACUGCCAGAGCCCUUCUUUUUAAUUUUAUUCCUCUCAGCAGUUCUUGUGUGCUUUUUUAAAUGUGCUUUACAUAUUCAAGCGCUCAUUCCCUAAAUGCUUCAGUGUGGAAAAUUAACGCAGUACUUGGGAAAAUGGCUGCGAGCAUGAAUGAAGCGCUGGUGUGUUUUCAGCCCUAGUCGUGAGUCACGGUCAGACCUCUGCACACAGAGCAGAGGUAAAGAGAACUGAUGUAAAGGCAUUUACUACAUCUCCUCUUUUUGUUGUUUAACCUUGUGCUUUUCUAUGGAAACAUCCCUGCAUCUGAUUUUACAGCAAAUCUCAUCUGUACGGGAGAGUUUCACUGUCUGUCUUUUUUUGGCUCGCUUCCAGAUGUGGAUCCUUAAAAAAAAAAAAGGACUAAUUUGUGGCUUCUUAAUAGUUUAGUUUAUCCACAAUACAGCUGCAUAUUAUCACUGCAUCCAGACAUGGAUUUUCCAAUAUCACAAACAUUAUGUUACUGUGUCAUCUUACAAACUAAAGUUUAAAUCCUGAUUCAGCAGCUAAAAACAGAUUUGUGUUCUGUGACAGUUCGUCUAAACAUUUACUCUUCUGCAAGUUUAAAGCACAUAACUUGUAAGUUUUGAAAACCAAAAGAUUUCAAUUCUUUUUGCACCUGUACACUUUAAACUGAUCUGAUCCAACUGUUCAUUGACUUUUAAGAAGCUUGUAAUGUUCAGGUUUGGUUGACACAGUGAUGAAGGUGUUAAUUCAGGUCUGUGUUUUAGCACUGAGCUCAUAGGUAGUGAUGGUGUUGAGGGAAGAAACUAUGAGCUCAGUAAUAAACAUAACAACAUGUUUUGUAUUGCAAUAGACUGCGCAGGUGUACCUAAUAAAGUGGCCACUAAGUGGACUCCUCAGAUAAUCAUGUGACUUCGCCUGACACGUAAAAGCUUUCAUUGCUUAUCGUGUUUGAAGGAGAUCAAACAAAACACUUAAGGUGGUAUUUAAGGUGGAUUUGGGGAACUGACCUCUGACUGGUUAAAAACUGCUAAUGAAACAAAACAAAACAAAAAAAUUCUCCCUUAAUUAAAGUGCCAAUGAUCAGGAUUUUGAUUAUUUGAAAUGACUGAUGACUUGAAUGACUUGUUUUACUCUGAAAGUCUCUUGUUGGUGAAACACAGGUGGAUUAUGGGGGAUCUGAAUGUGCUAAAUGUUACAGUACCGGCUGCCAUUGUGCUCUUUAACGCCAAACAGCACAUGUAUCUAAUAAUUCACUGCCUUCAGUAAAGAAAAAAAGAGCAGUGGCAGCUGAACCUGUAUUUUCUUUGAUUUAUUCAUUUGUUUUAUUUUAAGAAUUUCCUCUCACAUACACUACAUGAAGAGUUGAUGUUAUUUGGCAGCUGUUGCUGCUAUUGGACAAAAACACAAACAUCUGCAAAGUGAAUCACACAUGAUUGUUUUGUUACUGCCACUUGGAGAUUUCUGAGAUGAUUCAGAGAGGUUUUAAGUUUGAUUAAACUUGUUCAACAUGAA